GCGCACAAUAGCGCGCUGGCGCACCUCCACGCGCACACAUUCGCAGAGUCGAGUCUAAACUCGGUCAGAGCCCAGGUCAGGUUUUAGACAACUUCCCAUCUCGAAGACACUGUUUUUUAGGAACCGAAACACUCUGGGGAAUACAGUUUUUUUGCAGUUUCCACACAGAGGAGGAGGAGAUGACUGCGACCUUUCCUUCAAAUGGGAAUUAAAUGCGCGCGUGAAACUUUUGCUUACUUUUCUCCUCAGUGACUGUCGGACCCGUUUUCGUUCCAAACAUGCCGGAGCGAAUAAGCAUUUCGGACUUUGUGGUCCUGACAAACGAGGAUUUGUCUUCGCCAGGGACGUCAAGUUUUCAGUCCAAAAUGAGCGACUGUCGGAACACCGUUUCAGUCGUGGAGGAGUCUCUGGAGAUGGACCACACAACUCUACAGAAAAUGAAGAAGAUGAUCAAAGCUAUCCAUACUUCUGGACUUAACCAUGCGGAGAUCAAGGAGCAGUAUCUUGAGGUACUGGAGAACAUGGGGAAUAGCCACCUGACCCAAGACAACAACGAAGUCUCCACAGGCUUCCUCAACCUGGCUGUUUUCACCAGAGAGGUCACUGCCCUCUUCAAAAAUCUGGUGCAAAACCUCAACAACAUCAUGGCCUUUCCAUUGGAAAAUGUUCUGAAGUCAGAGCUCCGGGACAGCAGAUUAGAGCUUAAGAAACAGAUGGAGAAGAGUUGGAAGGAGUAUGAUAUAAAAAUAGGGAAGCUGGAGAAGGAGAGGAAGGAGAAGACCAGGCAGCUGGGGCUGAUCAGGACAGAGGGAUCAGAUGGAGGGGAGGACAUGGAGAGAGAGAGACGGACCUUUCAGCUGCAAAUGUGUGAGUAUCUUUUGAAGAUCCAGGAGCUGAAGGUGCGUCAGGGCCCUGAUCUUCUCCAGAGCCUCAUCAAAUAUUUCCAGGCCCAGCUCAGUUUCUUUCAGGAUGGCUUAAAAGCUGCAGAGAAUCUCGCUCCCUUCAUCGAGAAGCUUGCUGCCUCUGUUCACACGGUGCGCCUGGACCAGGACGAGGAAGUGAAACAACUCACUCAGUUGAGGGAUUCUCUUAGAUUGCUUCUGCAAGUGGAGGGGAAAGAGGAGUACCUGAACAGGAAGAACUCUGGCAACGGGUAUAGUAUCCACCAACCACAGGGCAACAAGAAGUACGGGACAGAAAAAUCUGGCUUCCUGCUCAAGAAGAGUGAUGGGAUCAGAAAGGUGUGGCAGAAGAGGAAAUGUGGAGUCAAAUUUGGCUGCCUGACUAUCUCCCACAGUACGAUCAAUCGACCGCCGGCCAAAUUGAACCUCCUGACCUGUCAGGUGCGGCCAGACCCAGAGGACAGGAGGACCUUUGACCUGGUCACUCAUAAUCGGACAUACCAUUUUCAGGCAGAAGACGAGCAAGAAUGUAUGAUCUGGGUGUCGGUACUGCAGAAUAGUAAGGAGGAGGCCCUGAACACAGCCUUAGGAGGAGAUCAGCUCCACCUCCAGGACAGCGGGCUCCAGGAACUUUCCCGAGCCAUCAUCGCUGAGCUGCGACACAUGCCGGGCAAUGAGGCCUGCGCUGACUGCGGAGCUCCAGAUCCAACAUGGCUGUCAACAAAUCUUGGCAUCCUGACUUGUAUAGAGUGCUCAGGGAUCCACAGAGAGCUGGGUGUCCACUACUCCAGGAUCCAGUCCCUCACUUUGGACUUACUGAGCACCUCUGAACUAUUGUUGGCUGUCAGUAUUGGGAACACCCGAUUCAAUGACAUCAUGGAGGCGGGCCUUCCAAAUGACAAUGUCAAACCAUUGCCACAAAGUGACAUGAAUGCCAGAAAGGAGUACAUUGUGGCAAAGUAUGCUGAGCGUCGGUACGUCCUGCGUAGAGAGGAAGCGGAUCCUGGCCGGCUGUAUGACACCGUGAGGAGUCGAGACCUCACUUCUCUUCUGCAGCUCUACGCUGAGGGAGCAGACCUGGCGAAACCGCUCACUCUACCUGUUGAACAGGGGAUCAAAGAGACAGCUCUCCAUCUCGCUGUGCGUCUAGAAGAAAGAAGCUCUCUUGCGCUAGUGGAUUUCCUCUGCCAGAACAGCAACUGUCUGGAGAAGAGAACAGCAGAAGGAAACACGGCUCUCCACUACAGUGUCCUUCAUCACAAGCCUGAAUCUCUAAAGUUACUGCUAAAAGCAAAGGCAGCCCUACACACAGUGAACUCAGCAGGAGAGACGGCUCUCGACAUCGCCAGGAGGCUGCAGCACACGCAGUGUGUUGAGCUGUUGGAGCUGGCCCAGAAUGGGAAGUUCAACUCUCAGAUCCACGUGGAGUUCAUGUGGGAGACUCAGUCUCAGGAGUUCUAUGACAGUGAGGAUGACCUGGAUGAGAAGGUGAGCCCAUUACCUAAAAACCGGUCCCCUCUGUCCUCAAAUGGAGGUAGUGGAGCUUCUUUCGCCUGCUGGAGUGUGGCUAAUUGUGCGAACGGUAAUGCCGGUAGCAGGCCUUGUCAGACAUAUGAAAACCUAGACUUCCUCUACAGAAAUCCUCCGGCCAACAGCGCCCCCGCUGGAGCAUCAAUGCCACCACCACUGCCUGCUAAAUCCAUACAAAGAGGUCGCUCAGACCCCCAGAUCUCGGUCACAACACAGGAAGGCAACCCCCAUCCAAGACGCAGCUCUAACCCGGCCUCCCACUCCUCCAGUCCCCAGACACAGGCCAGACACAGCCCUCCUUCACCCAACACAGAGAACCAAGGCCAAGGUGGAAGACCUCCUAGGUCUCCCCACGGACAGGGAGGUCUGCUGAGGGGACAGAGGCAGACCUGGGAGGUUCAACCUGGUGCUAGUUCUGCAUCUCAAAGCGUCACGCCAACAUCCUCUCAGAGCCACAUAGGGCCUGUCAGUUCAGAGAAGACCACAUCAUACCGUCGGACCAGCAGUGGAGGAGGCAGCCAGGGAAAGUGUGGUGUGUUGUCUCCCAGCUGUGUGGGCAGCCAGGAGGAGCUGUACUGCAGUCUGGUGGGGAAUAGUCUAGGUCUCGCCCCAACUCCCGCUGCACCCCCGUCAUCCUCACCUGCUGUGACAUGUGCCCCACGACCUCGCAGGAACGCCAUGGUUUCUGGCAGUAGGCCUCAUCAGAAGCGUGUCAAGGCUUUGGUAGACUGCAGAGCCGUCAGCUCUGAACAGCUUGCCUUUUUCAAAGAUGAGAUCAUAGUGGUCACAGCCACUAAUGACUCCCACUGGUGGGUUGGUCACAUAGAGGGGGACCCAUCCAGGGGUGGGACCUUUCCUGUCAACUAUGUACACAAACUGACAGACUGAGGAAACAUGGAAAUAUGAAGGUACUGUGUGGUAUCGUACUAGAGGAACUUAACCAGCAUGGGAUGCUUCCUGGAACCUUAUUAUCAUCAUCACAAAGCAGAUUUUAUCUACAGGAGAGAACCAUUCUGUUCUCCUGGAUCUAACUUGGAUUUACUCAAACUUGGACUGAUAUUUUGAGCAAAUUCAGAAUACUUCCACGAGGAUAUACCAGCCAUGGAAACAUGAGGAUAUAAAUGACACUGUUUUAGGGAUUUAUACCCUUUAAUAUUUUCUCAUCCUGGAAACCAACAAGGGAGCGGAAGGCUUGGACAGCUCCAUAAAGCCUUUUACUCCAAGGACAGUACUUCCCUUGUUGAUAUAUCCUUGGUUUUCUAUCUGCAACAUGUUUCUCCAGUUGUCUAAACCUUGAAUCACUAUUAAUAAGUACAAAUGUAUUUGUGGUUGGGGUAGAAACUGCUCUCAUGUCAACUUGACCAUUAAUCACACAUUUGUAUUGCAGAUUUUUUUAUGUAGGAUCUGUGCUUAGAGGCAAAACGUACCUGCAGGGCAAAACCCUUUGAGGCACUUUAAACUCAUUCAGAAGAAAUCUUCUGAAGAGUUGGCAGAACUGUAAAUAUGUGCAAAGCCAGCUGCUGUAUAAAGAUGUAGCUGCUUUUUGUUCUGAAUGGAAACUGGCUAGUCGUAUAACUCACAGUAUACUGAGACUUGGAUGCGAGAUUCAAACCAGCCCAGUGUCUAUUACUGCCUGCCAUGGGACUCUGAAAAGUGGCUUUGUGCCUGCCAGUCUGUCUCCUACAAAAACGCCAGGCGUCUGGGCAGCCCAGGAUCCAGAUCUGAAACUUUAGCUCAGCCAUCUUGAUUCUGGGCACAACUCUCUGACUCCAAGGUUAGGGGAGGAUCCAGUUUCUCCUGGCUCCAGGAAAAUGUCUCUAGAGAACCUGGAAUAACGACAUUGUGUUAGGAAAAAAAAAAAGAGACUCUCUGUUCUACCAGGAAAUGGCACUGAAAGAGGGCUUGUUAGUAACAGCACCCCACUGCAGUAAUUUGUUCAGUGAACACACACUUACUAUAGGCACGUGUCUGUCACAUCAGAUACACACAAGCGCACUUGCACUUAUUGUACACAAAGAGUAACUGCCAGGAUUUAGGAACCUUAAGGGAAGAAAGGGGAGUUGGGGUAUGACUGCUCCUUUUUUAUACUAGUAACAAAUACCCAAAUGUAACACAUUUCACAGCAAUUACACACAAUUUGUUGUACAUAAUUGUCUAAAAAUUUCCACUGAUGUAUAUAUCUCCUGCUUUCUCAUCUGUUCUGCAUUUUAAAAGAUUGUAUUAUUACAGAUAGUGUUACCAGAUGUUGUUAACUUGAUGUCAUGUCUCUUUUUUUCUGUAUUAUUAGCAGUUUGAAUGGCUGUCAGAGGGUGAAAACACUCACUGUAUACAGCAAAGAUCCUGUCUCAUUAAACUGAAAACAAACA